AUGCUCGCGCGCGCUGCGAGUCGGCGCUCCCAGCGUCACGCCUUCCGCCGCCUCACCUCUCAGGCAAAUCAGUUGCAUUUGCCAUGGCUUUGCCCCGCGGUAACAGCCCCGAGCCGGAGAGGCAAUGCCUCCAUGGCACCAAACACACCCGAUGCUGGUAACCGCAGCCAGCAAACCAAGUCACGGCCUGUGGCAACCUCGCAGACGCGGUCACUCGCCACAGCCGCCGAGAACGUCCAGGUGCGGGAGGACCCUGCACCCUUCCAACAAUAUUCCACAGGCGACAUGCCUCAUGAUACGCACGAUUUCCGGGUCGGAUGGUCGAAGCCGCUUAUCGUCAACAAUUCGUUCGCCCAACCAUUACCACGCCUCCAAUACUUCAAUGGCAUUGGUGGAGAACCAGCCGAGCUUCACUCGAAUCUACACGCUUGUAUACGAGUAGGCCGUUAUGACCGAGCGGCAUCUUUGGUGCGGCGAAUGCGGGAAUUGUACCACCCGACUGCACCGGAAUUGCUCGAGGCAAACAACGUGUACAUCCUGACUAUUGUUGAGAAGGUGAUCGAGAAACAUCCGGACUACAAUAUUAACAUGCUCAACGCGUGGUUAGAGGUGGAAAUGAGGGACAAUGAUAUCCAACCAAAUGCAGUCACCUAUGCCUGCAUGUUGAAAGCUGCUAUUGCCACCACGAGCGGUAGUAUAAUGGAGAGACUUGUGAGGCGGUAUUUGGGUUUGGCGGAGCAAGCCGGCGAAGACGUGCUCCGGGCCACAGUCUCGUCGGAAGCCUACACAGAUGCGGAGUAUGCAGUGAUCUCUGAACUUCGGCCUGAUCUCAUCAAAGGACCCGGCUUGUCAGAAGCCAUCGCAGAAGCCGAAGGAAGCGCCGGUUUACUCGGCCCCAACUAUGGCUCCACGCAAGGGUUCAUAGAACCCGCCAAAGAUACCCUUCCGGAAAUUAGGGCUGUCUUCCAAAAGGGUGCAGGGUUGCGGACCGUCAAGGAAGCUCUAUCAAUUUUUACUACGAAAGAAGAGCUGGAAAAACAAAUUCCGUACCCCCAUGAUAUGGACCACUACUCUAAGGAAGAAAAGGACUAUUAUUUCAACCGCCUACGUCAGGACCGUCUUGAGGAAGACAGCAUUGAUGCUGCUAUCAAUAGGUGGCGUGAGGAAAACCAAAACAUGCAAAGGAUGGGUAUCACGUCGGCGCUGCAAACGAAGCCCAUGGAAGCCCUCAUGUGGCAGUGGUACACAGCAUUGGUGCCACUUUUUGAAGAGGAGUUGAAAAACAUCAAGGUGGCAUAUGCUGAUGAAAACACUGACCCGCAUGACGAUCGGCUACAUAUCGGCCCCUUCAUGGAAGCUUUCACACCGGAAAAGCUAGCUGCAACCUGCCUCAUCAUUACGGUUUCCAGCUUCGGAAAUCCUGAUCAGUUCGAAGGAGUCAAACUUUCAUGGGUUGCUGUAGCCAUCGGAAAACAACUUGCAUUGGAGCACGCCAUCGCGAUCCGGGACACCCUCGCUAACCCCUAUUCAUCGUAUCAACGAAUCUCUGCACGCCGUCUUAACAACCUGAUCAAACCACUCAAGACUGAAGAGGCCGCCUCCACAGAACAGAAUGAAGCUGGAGCAGAAGAACAGGAGGAAGCGGCAAAAGAAGAGGCUCUUAAGAUGCAGGAGCAUGCACACAAGUCUCUUGAUUGGUCACCCGUAGUAAAAGCUAAGAUUGGAGCCUUGUGUUUAUCUAAGAUCCUGGAAGGCGCAAAGAUUCCAAUUAGCCGUAAGGACAAGGACACUCAGAAGCAACUCACUGCUUACCAACCCGCUUUUUCCCACAGCACCAUGUACGUAGGCGGUCGCAAGGUCGGUAUGGUUAAGUUGCAUCCCAACGUCAUGGAGAAGCUGAUGCGCGAACCAAUUCGUGGCUCUUUCGGCACGAAAUAUCCCAUGGUCGUCGAGCCCUUGCCUUGGACUGGCUACAGGCAAGGUGGCUAUUUGCGUUAUCCCGAGCCAAUCAUCAAGGACAAGAACCAGGACGACGCCCAAAGGAUUUACGCCAUGGCUGCUGCUGAUAGGGGCGACAUGAAAGAGGUGAUGGCUGGUCUUACCGUGCUGGGCAAGACGGCGUGGCGCAUCAACCCGGAUGUGUUCAAAGUCGUCAUUGAAGCAUGGAACACGGGCGAGAAGAUUGGAAAAAUUGCGCCAGAGAACCCCCGACUUGAGUACCCCGAGGAGCCUGGCCCUGACGCUACGAGGCAAGAAUAUGCCAUGUACUUGCGCGAAAAGCGGAGGGUUGACAACGAAAAAAGCGGUUACCACUCCCAGCGCUGCUUCCAAAACUUCCAGCUUGAGGUUGCGCGCGCUUUCAAAGACGAAAUCAUCUACUUUCCCCACAACAUGGAUUUCCGUGGACGAGCGUACCCCAUUCCGCCACUUCUGAACCAUCUCGGCGCGGAUUUGGCGCGUGGUCUACUGACUUUCGCCAAAGGAAAGGAGCUUGGUAGUACCGGUCUCGGUUGGCUCAAGAUCCAUCUUUCCAACGUUUACGGUUUCGAUAAGGCCAGUCUAAGGGAUCGCGAGCAGUUCGCUGUGGACCAUCUCGACGAUAUUUACGACUCUUGCAACAAUCCUCUGGGCGGCAAGCGGUGGUGGCUCACUGCCGAAGACCCAUGGCAAUGUCUAGCAACUUGUUACGAACUUAAGGCUGCCCUUGAGUCGCCCGACCCUACGCUCUUUAAGUCUUCGCUUCCGGUGCACCAGGAUGGAACCUGCAACGGUCUCCAGCACUAUGCGGCACUGGGUGGUGACAAGGCCGGCGCUGCGCAAGUCAACCUCGAGCCUGGAGACAAGCCGUCCGACAUUUACUCUGCAGUUGCUGAGCUUGUCAAAACUUUUGUUGCUCAAGAUGCGGCUGUAGGGAAUAUUCAGGCCAAGAAGCUUACGGGUAAAAUCAACCGCAAGGUCGUUAAGCAAACCGUCAUGACAAACGUCUACGGUGUCACUUUCACCGGCGCCAGAGCUCAGGUUGUCAAGCAGCUUGAAAGCAUAUUCACGGAAGAGGAUAAGGUUGACGAGCUUCCGGGUGGUAUUUUUGGCUUGGGUUCAUACGUGGCCAGACUGAUCUUCAAGGCCCUCGGACAGAUGUUCAACGGUGCCCAGGAAAUCCAGAACUGGUUGGGCGCCUGUGCAAACCGGAUUGCGACUUCCCUCACCCCCGAGCAGCUCGAGAAGAUCGCAAUUGAUUGGGAUCAAAACACGCUUGGUGAAGGCGAAGUUGACGAGACCCGGUACAAGAAGGCUCAGAGAAAGUACAAGAAGGCUCAGAAAGCGCUCGCGGCCAACAUUACGAACCAUUUCCGGGCAACAGUCAUUUGGACGACGCCACUUAAAAUGCCGGUGGUGCAGCCGUACCGCCAGCAAAAGUCCAAGGAAAUCAGCACUGUGCUGCAGUACCUCAAUAUCGUGCAGCCGAAGGCUACCGACGCCAUCGACAAGCGCAAGCAGCUUCAAGCAUUCCCGCCCAACUUCAUCCAUUCGCUCGACGCAACGCACAUGCUGCUGUCGGCUCUGAAGAGCAGCGAGAUCGGCCUUACUUUCGCUUCGGUCCACGACUCCUUCUGGACGCACGCGGCUGACAUCCCGAUCAUGAACCGCGUCCUGCGCGACGCCUUUGUGCGCAUGCACUCGGAGGACAUUGUCGGCCGCCUGCACGAGGAAUUCCAGGUCCGGUACAAGGGCCACAUGUACCUCGCCUCGGUGCCGACCACCUCGCCGCUCGGCAAGCGCAUCAUGAAGUGGAGGCAAGACAAGAAGGCGGCGCAGACGACCAAGACGCGCAACAUGCUGAUUGACGAGCUGCUCAUCGAGCGGCAGCGCCAAAUGCUCCUCGCAUCGGAAAAUCCCGAAGAGCAGGCCAAGGGCAAAGAGAUGAGCACGCCCGCGAGCCUGUACGACGAAGCCAAGGAAACCGAAGCCAUCGACCUGGACGUCGACGAAGAAGCGCCCAUCAGCAAGCUCGGCGAGACGGAGGUCGGGCCCCCAAGCACCAAGAAGUCGUCGGCGGCAGCGCAAGACAGCGCCGAGGACGCGGUCGGCAUGGACGACGACGUCGUCGACCUGAUGGACCCGGUCCUGGGAGAGGAGCGCAACAUCCACGACGACCUGCCCGGCGAGCCGGACGUCGAGCCCGUCGAGCACGAGAAGCCCGCCGCUGUCCCCGCGAAGAGAAUCCCCAAGCGCACGGCCAAUAACGUCCAGUUCUGGCUGCCGGUCUCGUUCCCGCCUGUGCCGAAGAAGGGCGACUUUGAUGUUAGGAGGCUGAAGGAGAGCCAGUACUUCUUCUCGUAA